AUGGAGGAGGCGAUGGGAGUGGCAGGGUACGGAUGGGCUGCGCCGGAGGAUGAGGAGCAGCGGGCCCUGAGCCGGCUGUACGGCCAGCGAGGAGGCAGUGAGGAGCGGGCACGUCCCCGUGACGAUCCCUAUGCUGAGGCCUCCCUCGUUUUGGGGGUGCCGCCAACCCUUCCUACCUUUUCCGAGGAUCGGAGGGGAACCAGGAGGUUGGUAAUGAAAAGGAAGGUGCUGAGGCGCAGACCCGACGGAGGAGUAGAGGUCUCCGACGAGUCGGUGACCAGCGAGCCAGAUAGUGACGCCGAGGUUUGGAACUUGAGGCAAAAAAUGCUUCAGCCAAGGACCGGUCCGGAAGACAGCAUCUCUGAGGGGGAAAUCGAGACAAGCAGCAGCUCCCUUGAGGAAUCCCCGUACCGCUGGCCCCAUGGGGACAGUCCCCCCUUUCUCGUCGGGGAUUUUGGGAGCUGGAGCUCUCCCGCUUCUCAGUCCACCACCACGGCGGGACAACCCAAGUCCUUUAUCCCUCCACGGUUUGAGCUGUUGGGUCGUAACCAGGGGAAAACCGACCGAGUGGCCAAAUAUUUUGAAUAUAAACGAGAAUGGGAGAAAUUUCGAAUCCCGGGAGAGGAUCAGCGACAAGAACUGCGCUGGGGCAUCCGGGAGCAGAUGCUCUGCAAGCCUGAGCUCCCCAACAAGCCGCAGCACCUCUACGUCCCCAACACUUAUGCUGUGCCGACCGAAAAAAAGAGAGCUGCCCUGCGCUGGGAGGUGCGCUGGGACCUGGCCAAGGGCCUCAUCCCCAGAAAAAACACCUCCUCCUAG